AUGGAUGUGGAACGACUAAUAGAGGAAGUUCGUAAGUUUCCUGUUCUUUACGAUCAGGGAAGUGAAAAUUACAGGAAUAUCGAGUACAAAGACAGAGUUUGGAAGACAAUUGCAACAGAUCUACAAGCCAAAGGUGGAAUAGAGGAAUGCAAAAAAAAAUGGGCAUCUGUUCGUGACCAACUAAGGAAGACCUUGCAGAAAAGGAAAACUGUUUCAGGACAAGCUGCUGUUCAUCAACAUAAAUACAAGUAUGAAGAUCUCUUAACGUUCCUGCUACCUUACAUGGUAGAACGAGAAACAGUUUCCAAUGUUCCUUACACGCAAGACAAUAAUGAGCAUAAACAAGAAUCAAAUACAGAUUCCCAAGAGGAACAGUCGAUUGUUGAAAACGAAAAAGUGUCUACACAAGAAGACAUUCCAGAUGAAGAAUGGAUCAUUAAAACCCAGGAUAGUGAAACAGAGAAUUUGAUAGAGCGCACUCGGCAUUCCCAGACGCCCUCAGCUCAUUCGUCCGUCACUUCAAAGAAGAACACGUUUAUGAAACCACCACUGAAACGAAAAUUUCAGCGUGAGGUUAAACCACAAGAAUCUGCAUCAAGCCAGCUCAUGGCUUACAUUUUGGCAGAAAAAAAGCUGAAAAACAGAGAGAUAUACAAAACCCAGUUGAUGCUUUUUUGGCUGGUAUAG